UGACUUGUUCUCGACUCAAACCGUCAGAAUGACAGACUGGUUCACUCGUGAGUCGUGACCUCCGACGAGAGGCGCGAACUUUCUCUUGACGAAAUGUUUAUAGUCAUGUAUAGCGCUGUUUUGCUAGCCGCCAUUUUCCACACAACAACAACAACGACAGAACGCAACAAGUGUGUCGCCAGAAGCUUCGGUCAUGACUCGGUGGUAUGUGAAUGUAACUCCACGUACUGCGACACCUUGGGCAUCGUUUCUCUUCCCCCGCCGGGUCACUACAUCUCCUACCUGAGCAGCAUGGCCGGAAGCCGGCUCGAGGACAGCCAAGGUCCAGUCCGACCCAACAAAACCGGUGCUGGCCUCAGACUUACUCUCCAACCUGAGAAGAAGUACCAGAAGAUAAAAGGAUUUGGUGGCGCGAUGACCGACGCAGCAGCACUAAACAUCCUGUCGCUCUCCGCUGGAGCGCAAGACCAACUGCUGAGACAGUACUUCUCCGAGGAAGGUAUUGGUUACACUGUGGUGCGUGUGCCCAUGGCCAGCUGUGACUUCUCCACUCGUCUGUACACAUACGCUGACACGCGGGAUGACUACAGCCUGCAUAGUUUCAAUCUGGCUCCUGAAGAUGUACACAUGAAGAUUCCUCUGCUGCUCAGAGCCCAGGCCAUGGCUCCUCAACCUUUGUCCCUGCUGGCCAGUGCCUGGAGCGCCCCCGCCUGGAUGAAGACAAACGAUGCGCUCAUAGGAAAAGGCUCCUUGAAGGGAAAACCUGGUGGAAAGGACCAUCAAAGUUGGGCUCAGUACUACAUAAGAUUCCUUGAGGAAUACGCCAAGUAUAAUUUGACAUUUUGGGCCGUGACCACAGGGAACGAACCAACUGCGGGACGACUAACCAACUACAGUUUCCAGGCGCUGGGCUUCACUCCCGAGGAGCAGAGGGACUGGGUGGCGUUGGACCUGGGCCCAGCCCUUCACGCUUCGUCUUUCCCGCACACUCACGUGCUCAUUCUGGACGACAACCGCCUGCUGCUGCCUCGGUGGGCCAAAGUGGUGCUUAGUGACAUCCACGCAGGUCGCUACAUCCACGGGGUGGCGGUGCAUUGGUACAUGGACUUAUUGAUCCCCGCCGGGCCCACCCUGGUAACCACCCACCAGAUGUUCCCCGAGUAUUACCUGUUUGGCACCGAAGCCUGCGCAGGCUGGAAACCGGCGGACCGGGGGGUGAAAUUGGGCAGCUGGCAGAGAGCCGAAAAAUACGCGCAUGACAUCUUAGAGGAUUUAAAUCAUUAUGUGACGGGCUGGACCGACUGGAAUCUAGCGCUGGAUCAGACCGGGGGGCCCAACUGGGUGAAGAAUUUUGUAGACAGCCCUGUCAUAGUUGACGCUAAGCGUGAUGUCUUCUACAAGCAACCGACAUUUUACAGCUUGGCACAUUAUAGUAAAUUCCUGAGUAAGGACUCCCAGAGAGUCGGCGUGUCCGCCAGCGGGGAAACGGACCUCGAAUUCUCUGCCUUCAUCCGACCAGACGGCUUAGUGGUGCUCAUCGUCCUCAACAGGUCAUCAUCAAAGAUCCAGUUUGAGGUGUGGGACCCAGCGGUGGGCUACAUCCCCUCCACAGCACCGCCUCGUUCCUUACUCACACUUGCUUGGUACACACUGGGAAUAAAUGUGUAAACAGUUGUUGUUCACAUGAAGGUAAGCCUUUAACUUGGCAGAACAGAACCGCUCUCUUUUUUCAGAACUUUUAAUGUUCGCUCACAUUUCUUGCACACUGAGAAGACCAAAAAACGGGUUUUACAAGAAUAACACUGAAGUACGAUAAAGACGUAAUGUUGCAUGAUCAAUAUUUUAGUAUGAUUUUAUCUUUUAAAUGAUAAAAUGUUGUGAUGUGAGAAUAAUUUUAUAUGCUUGAAAACAAUUGCCUUAACUCUUAAGUAAUUUUUUUUUUAGGCAAUUUUAACAUGAUUGCCAAACUGGUUACUAAUUUAGUGAAUUUGCUCCAAGGAUUUCUUUGACAAGCAAAUCAUUUUUUUGCACUCAGGACUAAUUACAUUUUUAACAGUGUUUCCGCUUUUGACAUGCUCAUUUUCAACAACAUGUAUUUCUAUUUAAUUGUAAAUAAAUUUAAAAAAUCAGUCUUUGACUUGGAAAGAGACAAAAAGAGAAGGGAUGUUUUUUUUAGUCACUUUAUUAAUACAUGAUAGACAUUUUUCAUUUAUAUAAUAUACAGUUUGUUACCCAUGUGUGCCAUUCACAUUUGCGCCUGUUGUUUUUCUUUGCAAACCUUUUAGGUUUGUGGACUACAAUUAUUUACAUAAAAAAAAACAAGUUGUAAAAAUGUGGUCAUACGCAGAGGACUAAAAUGAGCGGGAUGACAUCAGACUAUAAUCUGAUGUACAGCAUCAGAAAUAGGUGGAAUUGAAGAA